GAAAAUUUAGAGGGGUUUGAUUGAAACAGACGGAUUCAUUGAGGGUCUAUAUAUCAAUUUUAUUUAUCUAUUAAUUUUAGUUUUUACAGCCGUGCGAUGUCCCUUAAUUUCCUAGUACUGCUUGAAUUCUGAUUUCCUUCUUCCGAACGAACAUGGAAUCAUAUGCAUGUAUAUAUAGAGCCUCCAAUUGUAGAAUCUGGAACAGAAAAUUUUCGUUACUUUUCAUCAGCUUGUGAUGACGAAAUUCAGCAAGGGUAGUAAAGUGGAGGUGCUGCGCAGGGUGGCUGGGAGCGUGACAGGCUCUUGGCUUUGUGGUGAGAUCAUCUCCGGCGACGGUCACACUUACAGCGUCAAGUACGGGUGGCUACCGACGACGAGCAAGGGGGUGGUGCACAAGGUUCCCAGGAAGGCUAUUAGACCCUGUCCGCCUCCAGUGGAAAGGGCGAGGGACUGGGUGUCUGGUGAUCUCGUUGAGGUGUUCGACGAUCCUUAUUGGAAAAAGGCGGUGAUCGUGAAGGUUUUAGGUGUGAACUGCUUUUCUGUUAAGCGGGCUGGGUCGUCCGCUGAGUCCAGUUUUCCUAGGUCCCAUCUUAGGGCUCGACAGUGUUGGGAAGAUGGCAGAUGGUUCGUGAUUGGAAAACAGAAGAGAAAAUCUGACUUUGAGGCCGAUGCUCUUGCUGCUAAGAAGAUAAGAGUGAUGGGAAAAGAUGGUGGCCGUCAAAUACCAGUUCCGCUACAUCCAUUUCCAUUGUCUGGAAAGGUAGAUUCCUUCGUUUCCCCUAAAAAGGUACUGAGUAAGGUUGUGGCCCAUAGAAUGGAUGUGCCUAAAGAGAGUCGUACACUUCAUAUUGAUAGCUCUGCAUCCUCUGCUAAUAGGUUUGGUUCCGUAUCUUCUGCUACAAGGUUUCCCAUCUGCUUUAGAGAAAGCAGCAUUGAGAACUUGGGGGAUAAUUCUAGUUAUGCUACAGCCAAAACUAAAUCACUUUGUGGUAGUGGGUAUGGAAGAGUAGCAUCUGCCCUUUCCGGAUGUGGGAGACUGAGAACAGACAUCCAUGAGUCAGAGCUACAUGCCUAUCGUCAAGCUCUUCAGGCAUUAUAUGCUUCUGGGUCUUUUAGUUGGGAAGAAGAACUGAAGAUGACAAAUUUACGAUCUGCACUCCAUAUAUCAGAUGAUGAAUAUAGGAUGGAGCUAAGAAACUUGACUGGGAAUUUCCUUUCUUGUUAUUAGAUAUUCUUUUGAUUUCUUUUUGUUCCCAAUUAUGCAGUUGCUAUGAAAACUACAAGAAUGUGAGAGGUUGAUGCAUUGGAGAAAUGUUAUUAAUUAGUGUUCUGAGAUCAUCUUUUGUUCUCACUUCUCAGAAUCUGCCAUUUUGAACAAGAGGGAUUGCAAAGAGUUGCAGUGUACGUGACAGCAAGCCCAUUCCACACAUAAUCUCUUCAUACGAGUGCCAAAAUGGACAGAAAAUAUAGAGCUCUUCUUGAGGUCUAAGAAUCUGGCUCAUUGUAGGAACCAUCAGCAAUGCUAGUUGCCUAGUUCCAGUUGAAGCACUUCACUUCUUGGUAAGGUUUGGAUUCUACUGACAAUCACCAAUUAGCUACCUGAUCAUGUAACAGUUUAGACUCUUCCAGCCCAUCAGUUCAUUCUUGCACAGCACUAAAACUUCUCUAUCAGAUAGUCUGGGUGUCAAACAAAAAGCUUUGAGAACCUAUAUAUGCAUGUAAUUAGAUGUAAUGGAGAAAAAGACUUUCAAGGCGUGAAAAACCCAUGGAAUCUCCAAUGCAGCUCUCUGGUAUGCACAAUCUGAAUAAUUUGCUAGUUGUUUGGGUUUCAGGCUUUCAGUGCUUACUGUUGGGUUUGUUUGUAUACUGUAUUUUUCUUAGCUGUAAGCAAAAUGAAUAGAAUUUCUGUCUGUAGGUUAGGAGCAUUUCUUUUGACAAGGCUUAAGGAGAAUUGAUCCUACACCAUAAUAAUGUUUUUGUCAACCCUUAUUCAGCUCUAAAAUUGCAACCAUCGAUGAUCAGAUGUUAUUACUACUUUUGGCAAUAUCAAUAAAUAUGAAGAUUGGUA